CAAAACAAUGAAGACCUCAGUGGCGAUGAUGGUUGUUCUGCUGGUAAUGACAUCAGCGGAAGGUAUCGAACGACGACGGCCACUAUACCGUCGAGGCUCCACGACAACCACCGUUACCCCACUGACAGAUGACAGCGAAGGGUCAGAGAGCAAGUUCAAACCGAAUGGCAAAGAUUUGUACACGGUAAGCGAUUCGUACCCCGUCACGGGUAGCAUCGGUACCGGUGGUGUACCCGGCAGCUUUAAAUCAGAUGGCGAUAAACUUACGUCCUUCUCCGAGUACACCUUUGGCAGCACCAAGCUCACGGGCAGUGGGUCCGAUGGUGGUUCCCCGGAUGGUUCGAGUUCCGACGAGGAGUCGAGCUUUAGCAGCUUUAAAAAUCACAAAAAAGCCUCCCUCCUGCCAACGACCAACGCUAGCAACAAGGACAGAAAACCUGCCAGCGGAGCGUUCGACUUUCUGAACGGUGACUAUGCCAAGCCGAAGCUGACGUCCGGUGGCAGUUCGCAUCUCCAUGAUACGACUUCGAUUGUCGGGCUCGGUGGCAAGACGAAAGCGUCGUCGGCGAUUUCGAGCAAAUUUUCCAUCUCGCAUCCAACACCGAGCAGCAGCAAGGCGGCCGGCAAACUGGCGCACCUGGACGACUCGACGGAGUACGACGUGUACGCCAGUCUUGGCCAUGCCGCCGGCAAGACUAAGCUAGGCGCGUCCGGCAAACACCGCGGGUCCAGCAGCCCGUUUCCUUCGGCCGCCGGCAGCUCGUUCGGGUUCGAGGGCAAGGUGAAGAAGGUGCCGUUCAAGUACGAGGACGGUGGCAUUGGGGCGCUCGCCGCCAAAACCAAGCAGAAACCGAAGCUCUCCAUCGACGAUGAAACGUUCGGCAGCGGUUCGCUGGCAUCCGCCAGCAGCCACUUUAGCGGGCUGGGCAGCUUCGACAGUGGCAGCUUUGGUGGGGCCGGCAAGCAACAGCCGGGUGGUUCGAGCCCGUCCAAGAACAAGUUCAACUUUGCCGAACCGCCCCCGCUAGUCAAAUCGACGCUCAGCACGCUCAAGCACUUCGGCGAAGGACUCAUAGGUAAUGGCAAUGGGGCUGGCCGAGCACCGUACGAGCUCGACAGCGAGGAAAACUACAAGUACGGCUCCUACUUCGGCAAGGGCCACUACGCCGCCGAGGAGAGCUACGAAAGCUCGGCCGAACCGCUGCCCAGCAAGGGGAAAUUCCCCAAGCUUGGCGGGAUCGGUCCGGCAGGGGUCGGCGCGAACGUCGGUAGCAAGUUCGCGACCGACUUUGACGUGAAGAACAUUAAGCUCAACGGCGAGGGUGGCGCAUUCGCCCCCGCUGGACACAAGCAUCCCGGUACACUGACCAAAAACACAUCACCACACCACAAACUGCCCCAGUCGGCACACCAUCUGCCACCUCACCUGCAACAUCACCAACAGCAACCACAGCAGACGAUACCGCACCCGGCGCAGUCACACGCACACCUACACGCGCACACGCACGGCAAUACCGGUAGCAUUGUUAAUCCUAAUCCUCUCGACUUUCGGCCAAAAUUUAAACUACAAGAUGUCCCCAAUUUGUAUCCCGCCGACCAUCUAGGUGCCGGUAUAGCGGCCAAGGGCCAGAUCGAGAGCUUCCUCAACUCGGAGCACGCGCUGAAGGACGAGUCACUGGUGGCCCAGCUGCUCGGCGACGGCAGUCCAGCCGCCCGGCCCCACUACCACCAAUUCCUGAAGUCGCAGGAGGACGAGAAGCUGGAGAAGGAGGCGCUCCGGCAGCAGAUCGAGUACCUGAAGGCGCAGGCAGCGAAGCGUCCGCUCGAGCUCGGCAACCCUAGCCGCCCGCCGAUCGUUUCGAACGCGCAGAAGUUCCGACCGGUGCGCCGCAUACCGUCGCAUGUCCGGCUGGGCGUGAAGGCACCGUACCCGCUGCCCCGCAUCCCACACUAUAACGAUCGGCCGUAUAGUAUCAGUUUCAAGAUUUAAAUUUAGAUUUACCAAAAGAAAAGCAAA